UUAAAAAUAAUGUACAAAUAAUAAAGUGAAAUAUUGUCUCUACAAUAAAAAAAAAAUAAAAUAAAUAAAAAAGAUAAAUAUAAAAGAAAAACUAAAAGCUAAAAAAAUACAUACAUACUUAUACAUAAUUAAAGACUUUAACAUUAGUAUAAAUACAAAUUAGUAUGCAAAUAUGAACCUCCUACGUUUAUUUCUACUUUUGGCAGGCUUGUAUCCCAAUAUAAUACAGUGUAAGCGUUAUGAUGGAAUACAUAGGACUAAAUGUGAUACAGAUGAACAGACUAAAAUUAAAAUCAAAAAUGAUAAUAAUAUAACUCGUCGUUUAUCUUUAUUAAGAGAACAUAUGCAAUUGAGAGUGUCUCUUAUAGGACCAGAAAUUGAUGCUUACAUUAUUACCUCAUUCGAUGAACAUUUGAAUGAAAAUUUACAAGAAUUUGAUGAACGACACAUUUUUAUAAGUGGAUUUACAGGAAGUUUUGCAACAAUUGUUGUAACAUUAAAAUCAACAGCAUUAUGGACAGAUGAUAGAUUUAUAUCUUUAGCUAACCAGGAACUAGAUUGUGAAUGGAAUAUAUUCAAAUCAGGAGAAUCUCCCACCAUUUCAGAGUGGCUUGCACAAGAACUACAGGCGGAUGCUAGGGUUGGAUCGGACCCUAAGAUGGUUCCACACAGCACAUGGAUUAAAUGGGAAAAGAAAAUGAAUGAGAAAAGUCUUCGACUCGUGCCUAUUAAGAAUAAUUUAGUUGAUCUCGUAUGGAAAACUAACCGUCCAGAGCCUCGGCAAUUUUCCAUAAGAGUACACCCGCAAAUGUAUGCUGGAGAAAAAUGGCAAUCAAAAUUACAAAGAUUGAGAAAAGCUUUAUCAUCACAUGAAGUUGAUGCAAUGGUUGUUACAUCUCUUACAGAAAUAGCGUAUUUAUUAAACUUAAGAGGAUUUGACAUUCCAUUUAUACCUGUGUUUAAGGCUUAUAUGAUAAUUACCCACAAUGAAGCAUACUUGUACACAAAUAAAACAAAAAUCACCCUUGGAAUUGAGCUUCAUUUAAAACUUAAAGAAUGCUCAGAAAACUGUAUCUAUUUGAAAAAAUAUGAGGAUAUAUUUGAUGAUAUUCGAACAUUCUCGCAAAAAUGGAGGCGCGUUCUCGUUCCAGCUCCUAGUACAUUUGAUCAUGGAGCAUCGGAAGCUAUAUAUUCAGCAUUUCAUGAUGGAAUGGUAUUUGAAAAAGUAUCACCAGUGAUUUAUAUGAGAGCACAAAAGAACGAGGUCGAAAGAGAAGGAAUGAAAAGAGCUCAUAUUCGAGACGCUGCAGCUAUGUGUGACGUAUUUGCAUAUUUAGAACAAAAGCAUUUAAAUGGCGAUCGUUUUACUGAAUUAUCUUUGAGUGCAAAAAUCGACAGUAUACGACUGUCAACAAAUUUUUCUAGAGGAUUAUCCUUGCCAACGAUUGUUGCUGUUGGUGUACAUGCAAGUGAACCAUAUUAUAUGCCAAACAACCAAACCAAUUCUGAAAUAACUGAUAAACAUGUGAUAUUAAUUGAGUCGGGGGGGCAAUACAUAGAUGGGACAACAGACGUCAGUAGAACAAUUCAUUUAGGAGAACCCACACAAGAAGAGCAAAAAGUAUAUACAAAUGUAUUGAUUGGUUUGAUUCGCCUGUCUAUGUUAGAGUUUCCCGCAAACAUGAGGCCCGCUGGAAUCGAUGCAAUAGCAAGGGGACCCCAAUGGACAUUUGGAAAUGAUUAUGCACAUGGAACUGGACAUGGAAUAGGAUCUUAUUCGUCAGUUUAUGAAUCACCAGCAAACAUUGCGUUCAACAAUCAUAACAAUCACCCAUUUAAAGAAGGGUACUUUUUCACUACUGAACCUGCAUUUUAUCGUCCAGGAUACUUUGGAGUUCGGUUAGAAAAUGUAGUAGAAGUUAUUGAUACUGGAAAAGUACACCCUAAUGGAGAAAAGUUUCUUGCUAUCAAAGAUGCUACUUUGGUUCCAUUUGAACCUAAGCUAAUUGAUCGUUCAAUGAUGAGCGCCCCAGAGAAAAAGUGGUUAAAUGAUUAUAAUGCAAGAAUCAGAGAAGAAGUUGGAAAAUAUUUAAAAGAGACUAUACGCAAUGAAGCUUUCUAUUGGAUGAUGAAUAAAACUCAACAUGUCAUUGAAUAUUUACCUGAAUCUGAUUACAAAAGUAUUGGUGGCACUAAUUGCUUUAUAACAAGCUUUGGAAUAGUUUUUAUUGGUUUGUUAUUAAAUUAUUUUUAAAUAGGACAUAGUAAAUAGUUCAAACAAACAAAAUUUUAUUAUAUCUUUUAGAGGAAUCAAAACUUAUAAAACUAAAGAUUAAUGUUUUCCUAAUAAAUA